AUGUUGGAGGAAGACAAGGAGGCAAUCCGUAGGAUGAAAGCCGAUUUUGAGGCCAUUGCAGAAUUAACGGAAAGUGAGUUUAAGUUAAAUACGGGGUUUGCAAGACGCAUGAAUCACUACAGCGCCGUCUACACGGCUGCAACACGCACCACGAAUAUGCGAUCUUUUUCGGACGCCUUUGGUUAUUACGUGGAUGAACUUCUCUACACAGACUUUCAAGAGAUGCUGACACGAUAUCUGUUGAAGUACCGUGAUUUGCAAGACUCUUCACAGAUGCGGCUUUUUGUAAAAAUUUUGAAGCUGUGGAAUCACUACAAAGUGCUGAUGAAGUGGAACAUGAGGGCCUUUGCGUACCUUUCGAGAUUUUAUAUUGUCAACUGUUCAAAACCUUCCCUGCAGCAGGUUGCUCUAAACAUAUUUCUCGAGCAAAUAUUAAAAAAGAAUGUGCACGUUAUUAGUCGAGUAACACAAGAUCUUCUUUGUUUGGAAAGAAACGGUGAAAGCGUGAAUCGUGAUCAAAUUCGAGGCGCCAUUGAGUUAAUGUCUUCCGUCAGUGUUGAGAAGAAGGAUGAAAUAUACACAGAACAGUUUCUGAGGCCUUACAUGGCCUUGACGAAGAGCCAUUACGAGGGGCUUGUUACUGAAUGGAGCAAGUCAUUUGCCCCUUCCGAAUUACUGCGACAAAUAGAACAGGCCCAUAAUGAAGAAAAGGCUCGAUGCAUGUGUUACUUUUCACCAGAUGACCGGAAAAUAAUCAUGACACACGUCGAGGAAGUGCUGCUGGAGUCUCCAGCAACGGUGGAAAAGCUUCUAAAGUCUGAUGAUGGUUUUGUUGCUGCGUUAAGGGGCCGCGAUGAAGCUCUCCUGGAAAAGUACUACAAUUUGCUGUCAUGUCGGACCAAAUGUCUUGCGUACUUGUCAAAUUUAAUGCGAGAUGAAAUUAUUGCGGAGGGAAAAGAGCGAUUGCUGCAGCAUGAUUCCCAGAAGAAAGAGAUGGACUUUCGAUCUUGUGUUGGGGAUAUGCUUCAGUUACAGGACGACUUUAUGCAACUUCUUGCCCGUUGCUUUAAUAGCAAUGCCAUUAUGAUGAAGUCCAUGAGGGAGGGUCUUGAAAAGGUCUUCGGUGGCAGUGUUCAUGCGUCAAGGGGACCGCAGCGGUCUGUACCAUUUAGUGAAUUGCUGGCGUACUACGUCGAUGCCGUUCUUCAGGGAAACGAGGGCUCCACGGUUGAAGAAAAUUUAGAGAAGGCCGUUGCGGCUCUUGCUUACGUGACGGAUCGAGACACUUUCUUGGCGCAUUCACGUGAACUGUUGGCUCAAAGAAUUCUUUUCCCGCGUAAAAAAAUGGAUGAAGCUACAGAACGAUCUCUUAUUCAACGUAUUAGUCAGCGCUGCGGUGUAUCAAGUACGAGCUAUCUCGAAGGAAUGCUUCACGAUGUUGAUAUUGCCGAGGGGUUUGGGGUCACCGAGAAGCUUGAGGCUGUCGGCAAGGCUCCAAAUUUUGCAUUUAGUGUCCUUGUUUUGAAAAAAGGGAUUUGGCCUCCACGGAUUCAGGGUGAGUGCUUUGUGCCACCCCGCGUGAUCCAAGAGAAGUUGAGUGCAUUCCAGAAAAUUUAUCUCGAGGGGACAACUGGGCGCGUCCUCACCUGGUCUUACUCUAACAGUAGUGGAGAUGUCUGUGCGGUGUUUAAGAAGGGUGUCAAAAUUCUCUCCAUGACCGGCAUACAGUGCUGGGUCGUGUUAGCAUUUAAUGAAUUGAAUGAGUUGACCCCAAAUGAUAUGAUGAGCCUCUUUGGCAUGUCUUUGGAGGAUGCAAAGCCCGCUUUGCUCCCUCUUUUGAAGUGCUCAAUCCUCCGUGGGGAGUCCGACGCUACCACAAUUCAGCCGCAAGCGAAAUUUUUUAUUAAUGAGGACUUCUCAAGCAAAUGGAAAAAAGUGCGGGUGCCCAUGCCAACUUGUCGGCGUGAUGGCCUCCUCCAUGGCGAGGAGAUAGCGAAGAAAAUUGAAGAAGAUAGGAGACCCGCGAUCGACGCUUGUUUGGUCCGAAUUAUGAAGAGUCGUCGUGUCUUGAGUCAUUCAAGUCUUGUGGAAGAAUGUCAUCAAAAGCUCUCACAACUGUUUUCGGCCGAUCAAAAGUUGAUCAAGCAACGAAUCGAAGAGCUUAUAAGAAAAGAAUACAUUGAACGCGAUCAUAAAAAUCCCUCAGUGUACCAAUAUACAGCAUGA